AUGGUCUUGUCUCGAAGGCGUCGCUUCGCCGCGAAUGGCGCCGGUCUUGCCGCAGAGGGUCCACUGGGGAUUCCCGUCGGCGUGCUGAUAGGAUUCGUCGCACUUGUCGCAUGUAUAAUCGCCACGGGGUACUAUGCGACGUCGCGUGCGAAUCAGGAGGCCGCCGAGGCGAAAUCGAAGCUCGCAGAGAUGGAGAAGCGAUGGGCGGAACGAGGGGGGUUGUCGCAGUCGCAGGAAGGGCAUGCAGAACCGCCGCCAGGGGGGUCAGAGACAAUGCAGGCGGGAGGGAUGAGCCAGAUGAAGAUGGAUGCAGGUCGGUUCUCCGUGGUCGUGGUGCUCGGUUCCUCAGAAGCAGCAGCAGUAGCAGCAGCCGAUGGCCUAGCCACAUGCGCUGCGGACUUGAGGCGAGCGAAGCAGCAGCUGCGGAUUGCAAGGGGGUGGGUGCGAGAGGGGCUGGAGCACUGCGUUAAGCUGAGAAAGAAAUACUCCCAGGCCCGGCACAAGUGGCAGGCGCGCAAGGGGAAGAGCGGUGCUGGUGGUGCUGCUGCUGAGGACCACGAUGGUCAUGAGGGUGCGGACGAGGACAAGCAUGCCAAUGACCAUAAUGAGCAUAAUCACGAUCACGAUGACGAUGAUGAUGAUGAGCAUGGGGAUGAUCAUGGGGAUGAUCAUGGGGAUGAUCAUGGGGAUGAUCAUGGGGAUGAUCAUGGGGAUGAUCAUGGGGAUGAUCAUGGGGAUGAUCAUGGGGAUGAGCAUCAUGGCAAGAGGAAAUCUUCCAAGCACGAUGAAGAGGAUAAUGAAAAAGAUGAGAAGGACGACGAGGACAAGGAGGAUAAGGAGGAUGAGCAUGGCAGGGACAAGCAUGGUGAUGGUGAUGGGGAUGAUACGCAUGAUAAGGAUGAUGACGAAGACAAGAAAGAUGAUGAUGCUGACCAUGAGAAGGGCGUGAAAAUUGGUAUGGGUGUAUAA